GCCUCCCCAGUGCUGGGAUUACAGGGAUUUGUCACCACACCUGGCAUCAUAAAAUCAAUCUGAUGCUGGCCAAAACCAAAAAGCACCAAAAAAAUCUGGGUGGAGAAGGGGAAUAAGAAUCAAGAUGCAUGUACCAGCUCCCCACAAUGAAUGCAAUCAUUAUGACUGCAAACAUGUACUAAUAAAAAAAUUUUAAGGAUAAUAAGAAAGCCCAAAUUUACAAUCUUAGGGUGUAGCUAAGUGUAGAGCAUUUGUCUAGCAUGCUUGAGGCCCUCGGUUCCAUCCCUAGCACUACACACACAAGAAAAAUUGCCAUUCUUUUUACCAGGGAUCAAACUCAGGAACUUGCACUGGCCAGGCAGGCGCGGCUGCCCCAGGAGAUCUCAGUGUGCAGUUCAGUAGUGAGCACACUCAAGCUGCUGUGUACUGAUCUCCAGAGAUGUUUCUCCUUCAGGGCCAAGGGUUUUUGUCCCCAGCAGGAAAUGCAGGUCUCCUCUCCCAACCCUCAAAUGAGGAAUGGCGAACAUCACAGUCUCAGGUCCUAAGCUGGCUCCCUGAGGUGGCGUCUCCCUCCUCCAGGCAGAUGCUCUCCACGGCACCCCCUUGCUCAUUUUAUUUAACCACUCAAGCGGGGAUAAAUGCACAGGUUGCUCCCCUGUCCCAGCCACUGUGGGCUCUGGAUGCUGGAAGUGGCCUUGCAAAAACACUUUCGGGCCAAAACUGAGGCUUCAGGCCUCUUAGGUCCCUCAGACCAGACUUCCCCCAGGGCCCCCGCCUGUCCCAGGGCACACACUGCCCCUGCUCAGAGAGGCAGCUGGGUCUGGCCCAGGUGUGUGCAGCCCAAGGGCCAGGAGGCCCAGUCCCAGCCCCACUGUGUCCAUCCCCACCCCUGUCCACACAAUAGCCUCUGGGCCCACAUUCCUGGGCACCCCACCUUCCCUGACAAACCUGACAAGCAGACAAUUGGUGGCAGGGCAGCCAGGCAACUCCACCUCGUCCUUCCUCUCUGUGCGGCUCCCAGCGUCCAGAGUCCAAAGCUGAUCCCUGAGCCCAGGCUGUACACCGAAAGCCUCACCUCCACUGAGCACCCAGGACAGAGCCCGGCCCCCUUGACUCAGGGUGUGAUGCUCCCCAAAACACAAGGGGAGCUGAGCGGAGGCCAGGCCCAAGUAGCAGGGCAAAAGCUCCCACCCAGAGGGUAACUCAGGGCCCCACCUUACCUUGGAGGAAAACGCUGGGCCCAUUCUGAGCUGGGUGCUGGACCCCUCCCCAGGCUGGUCCGGCCCCACCCUGCAGGGUUUUGGUUCCUGCAGGGCAAAGCAGGGUGGUGCCUGGGGUUUAGGGAGGGACUCAAAGAUUUUCACAGCCUGUGGAAAUAUAAACCCCGCCAGUCUGGGCUGUAGCUGGUAUCCUGGUGUAACAGCCUUGCCAGCUGCUGUUCCAGCCUUGACACCCAGCACCCAGCACCCAGCACCCAGCACCCAGCACUCAGUACUCAGUACUCAGUACUCAGUAUUCGGCACAAGGCACCGUCUCCAGACAUGCAGGGAGCCCGGGCACUGCUGCUGCUGCUCCUGCUGCUGGGCCUGAGGUUACAGCUGACCCUUGGCAUCAUCCCAGGUAAUGCAGCUCCCUCAAAGCCAACCAGGCAAGGGGCCACCCAACCGCCAGCCCCAGCUUGACCCAGCCCCUGCUCUCCCCCGGCCACCAGAGGAGGAGAACCCAGCCUUCUGGAACCAAAAGGGGGCCGAGGCCUUGGCAGCUGCUAAGAAGCUACAGCCCAUUCAGACUGCGGCCAAGAACCUCAUCCUCUUCCUGGGGGACGGGAUGGGGGUGUCCACGGUGACUGCCACCAGGAUCCUGAAGGGGCAGAUGCAGGGUCAGCCUGGGCCAGAGACAACUCUGGCCAUGGAUCGAUUCCCAUACAUGGCGCUGUCCAAGACAUACAACGUGGACAGACAGGUGCCGGACAGUGCAGGCACUUCCACCGCGUACCUGUGUGGCAUCAAGACCAACUUCCAGACCAUCGGCCUGAGCGCUGCCGCCCGCUACAACAACUGCAGCACAGAGAGGGGCAACGAGGUCAAGUCUGUGAUGUACUGGGCCGAGAAAGCAGGGAAGUCUGUCGGAAUCGUGACCACCACUACAGUCCAGCACGCCUCGCCGGCAGGCACCUAUGCACACACCGUGAACCGCAACUGGUACUCGGACGCCGACAUGCCCGCCUCAGCGCGCCAGGAGGGCUGCCGGGACAUCGCCACGCAGCUCGUCUCCAACAUGGACAUUGACGUGAUCCUGGGCGGGGGCCGCAAGUACAUGUUCCCCAGGGGGACCCCGGACCCCGAGUACCCAAGUAACACUGCCCAGGGAGGAGCCAGGCAGGACGGGAAGGACCUGGUGCAGGAGUGGCUGUCCAAGCACGAGGACUCUCAGUACGUGUGGAACCGCACAGAGCUGCUCCGGGUGUCCCAGGACCCGUCCGUGACCCGCCUCAUGGGCCUAUUUGAACCUGGACACUUGGCGUAUGAAACCUACCGAGACCCUGAGCUGGACCCCUCCCUGGCGGAGAUGACAGCGGUGGCGGUGCGCGUGCUGAGCAGGAACCCCCGUGGUUUCUUCCUCUUUGUGGAGGGGGGCCGCAUCGACCACGGCCACCACGAGACCAUAGCCUACCGAGCACUCACCGAGGCGGUCAUGUUCGACUCCGCCAUCGACAAGGCCGGGCAGCUCACCAGCGAGCAGGACACCCUGACCCUCAUCACCGCCGACCACUCCCACGUCUUCACGUUCGGGGGCUACACCCUGCGGGGGACCUCCAUCUUCGGGCUGUCACCGGAGAAGGCCAAAGACGGCAAAGCCUACACCUCCAUCCUGUACGGAAACGGCCCGAACUUCAAGAACCCGCGGGCAGAUGUCACCGCCCAGGAGAGUGGCUCCCCCACAUACCGGCAGCCCGCCGCUGUGCCCCUGAGCUCCGAGACCCACAGCGGCGAGGACGUGGCGGUGUUCGCGCGCGGCCCGCAGGCGCACCUCAUGCACGGCGUGCAGGAGCAGAGCUACAUCGCGCACCUCAUGGCCUUCGCCGGCUGCCUGGAGCCCUACACCGCCUGCGGCCUGCUGCCGCCUGGCCAGAGAGGUGACCAGACAGGUGACAAGAGCAGCGCUGCCCCCAGCCUCUCGCCGUCUCUGGUGGCCUGGACACUGGUGCUGCUGCUGGGGUCCACCGCGCUCUGAUGCCCACAGCUCCUCCCCAAGGCCCCGCGUCCAUGGCGGGGCUCUGGGGCUGCGCUUCCAGACCUCAGUGGCCCGCUUCCAGACCUCAGUGGCCCACACCCCGCCACGGGUGUGCAGAUCGGCCACUCUGCCUGACUCUGGCUCCCCUGGGAGACCUGGCACCGGGCACCAUUAGGAGCACGGAUUCCCCACCCUCCGGAUUCCCCACCCUCCCGGCCGCCAUUCUCCUGGGGACAUGGCAACAAUAAAGAGAACCUGA